AUGGAAGGAAGGUCGAUGAAUCCGCUUCCUCUCAGGAGCAUCGAGAAGAUCGAGAUCGAGGACAGCAGCGGCGUCGACCACUCCGCGACGAACGAAAGGGUCUACGCAGGCGUGCGCCCCCGCGUAGACGCCAGCUUUGAGAGCCGUGAUCCGUCGGAUUGGCUGCGCGCCACCAAGCGCGGGCACUUCUAU